AUGCGGUCCGUCAAGCGAUUGGAGAACGCCCAAUCUUCCUCGCGACCCUUCAAGUGCGACCUCGCGAAAGCCACACGGCCAGCGGAGGAGUUUUUCGGACUCCGCUUCGCCGAAUUUGUCAACAUCCAGCUUGAUCAACUUCAGACGAGAAGCCGAUAUGAGGGAAUCUUGGAGGGUGCGGCCAUGUGUCAUCAUGGUGGAAGCCUGCUCUUCUUAAGGUCGCCAUUUUCUCGCGAGCGACGCGGAGAGAGUAUUCAAGGAUUCAGCGACUUGUUCUUCCAAUGCCUUCUGGGUGGCAGUAGCUUCGGCGACCGAGAGUUCGAUCGUGCUACCGAUGCCUUCCACAAGGCGAGCUUGGUUGUCGGGAGUCAUCCCCCCGAGGAGAAGCGCAGUAUCGUUGUCGCCAAAACCGCGACGCAAAAAUGGCGCCUUGAACCCACGGUGGAAGAAGUGUUCCAGAACACGUCCAUGUCCUGCCACAAGACGUUCCCCUGCCGGCGGCAGCAGCGUCAGCACUGCCAGUGA